AUGCAGAUCGCCAUUGGCGCAGACCACGCCGGCCUUCCCCUUAAGGAACAACUGACACCCUGGCUUGAGUCGUCAGGUCACCUGGUUGUGGAUUUGGGGGCUUUUGACCUGGACCCGAACGACGACUACCCAGAUUUUGCGGAAGCGGUAGCCAGGUCGGUUCAAUCUGGGCAGGCGGAAAGAGGAAUCAUUUGCUGCGGAAGCGGAGUUGGGGCCAGUAUCACUGCGAACAAGGUUUCGGGCGUCCGUGCCGGGCUAUGCCACGACACUUACAGCGGUCAUCAGGGCGUCGAACAUGAUGACAUGAAUGUGAUCUGCCUCGGGGCUCGCAUAGUUGGGCUGGACUUGUCGAAAGAGAUCGUAACCGCAUUCCUGGGCGCCAGCUUCAUACCGGAACCGCGGUUUCAGCGCCGACUGGACAAGCUUAACCGGGUAGAAGCUGAAGGAUAG